ACCAAGCCCAAUUGGGCCUUUUCCCAGCCAUUUUCCUAGCCAUUUUAAUGUUUGAAUGCAUGGUGGUGGCAGCAAGCCCUAGCCAAAAUAUCUCAGCUCUACUUGUAUUUGGUGACUCUACAGUGGACCCUGGAAACAAUGACUACAUAUCGACCUUCUUCAAGAGCAACCACGUACCAUAUGGUCGCGAUUUUCCGGACCAUACAGCGACCGGAAGGUUCUCAAAUGGAAAAUUGGUCACUGACUUCUUGGCCUCGGCCCUAGGACUGGAGCCCUUGGUCCGGCCCUACUUGGACCCAGGUCUAACUGACUCAAAUCUAGAGUCAGGUGUGAGUUUUGCCUCUGCGGGGUCGGGGCUCGAUAAUGGUACUUCUAGUAUUUCUUCCUCGAUUCCGAUGUUGAAGCAACUUGCUUACUUCGAAGAGUACUUGGGGAGGCUACAAAAGGUAGCUGGAAAUCGGACGCAGGACAUCAUUUCGAAUGCAGUGUUUGUGAUCAGUGUUGGCUCUAAUGACUACAUAUGGACUGUGUAUGGAGUGAGUGGGAACGACUCCAAGGGAAACUUGCCUGACUACCAAAAUCUUUUGCUUGGAAAUCUCAGGUCUUCUAUCCAGAGGCUCCAUGAAGCAGGUGGUCGAAAGUUUACGGUAGCAGGCCUUCCUCCUAUAGGGUGCAUACCCUUACAAAUGACGCUUGCGAUCCUUCAAAAACCAGUGGAGCUUGUUGAGAGAAAAUGCAUAGAGACACAAAAUGAAGAUGCAAAGGCCUACAAUUCUAAGCUUCAAGCCAUGUUAGCAAGUCUGCAAACUGAGCUACUUGAAAGCAAAGUUGCCUAUGUGGACUUGUAUAGUCUCCUUAUGGACAUGCUUACUAAUCCUCACAACUAUGGUUUCGAAGUAACUUCAAGGGGGUGCUGUGGCACUGGUUUGAUGGAGGCCGGUCCGCUGUGCAUCGGUGUGGUGGCUUGCCAGGACGCCUCCAAGUUUUUAUUUUGGGACGCCAUUCACCCCACCGAGGCCGCUUACAAAGCCAUUGCAGAUCACGUGCUCCAAUCUGUCCUCCCACUCAUUCUUUGAAAGAAAUUCUCUCAACUUCAUGUGUUCUGAGUUUCGAAGCAUUCUCUUCAUUACUAAGUUGUGAUAUGCAGCAAUUGGCACUUGAUUUUUGGUCAGAGAAUCAAUCCUGGCCACCCUCAUUUCCGUCUUAUCAAACCCUAGUAGCUCUAAAAU